UAAUCUUGGUGUUUCGUGCAGUUUCGUGCCCGUGAUCUGUGGCGUUCGUUGAAUGUUGAUCAUAUAGAAAAAGUAAAUCACUACGUUUUUUGUUGAUCAGUUUUAAAAUGCUGAAGUAGUGCAAAGUAGUGUUACAAAUGGUGAAGUGCUCAAUUAUGUGUCGUGACAGUGAUUUACUAAUUAAUAGUUCGAUUGAAGUGUAGUGUCCAACAUGUUUCGAUGUAUACCUUUGUUCAAAUGUAAUCGCCAAGUGGAAUGUGUAGACAAGCGGCACUGCUCGUUGCCAACAGUACCUGAAGACAUUUUGCGAUAUUCCAGGAGUUUGGAGGAACUUUUUUUAGAUGCAAACCAUAUACGAGAUUUACCUAAGAAUUUCUUCAGACUUCACCGACUGAGGCGUUUAGGGCUUAGUGAUAAUGAAAUUCAUAAGCUCCCACCAGAUAUACAGAAUUUUGAAAACUUAGUUGAACUAGAUGUUUCACGAAAUGACAUUCCCGACAUACCAGAAGAUAUCAAAAAGCUGCGAGCUUUGCAGAUUGCAGACUUCAGCAGCAACCCCAUCCCGCGGCUGCCGGCAGGCUUCAGCCAGCUGCGGGCGCUUACCGUCCUUGGGCUCAAUGACAUGUCACUCACAAGUUUACCCAGCGAUUUUGGAAGUUUGGUGUCCCUCCAGUCAUUGGAGCUGAGAGAAAACUUGCUCAAGUCUCUACCGGAGUCACUGAAAAAUCUUGUCAAACUAGAGAGAUUAGACCUGGGAGAUAACGAGAUAGAAGAAUUGCCCGGCUUUAUUGGUGAGCUGCCAGCAUUACAGGAGCUAUGGCUAGACCACAACAAAUUGCAGUUUUUGCCAUCCGAAAUUGGGAACUUGAAGGCUUUAAUAUGUUUAGACGUCAGCGAAAACAAAUUAGAGAAAAUCCCAGAAGAAAUAGGCGGCCUCUGCUCCUUAACUGAUCUCCACCUCUCACAGAACAUGCUAGAAACAGUGCCUAACGGUAUCGGGGAACUAUACAAAUUAACUAUAUUAAAAUUGGACCAAAAUAGGUUACACACUUUAAAUGAAAAUAUAGGAAGCUGUACAAAUCUCCAAGAGCUUAUCUUAACGGAGAAUUUUUUAACUGAACUACCUAAAUCAAUAGGGAAUCUCAAAGAGUUGACCGUAUUGAAUGUAGAUAGGAAUUCUUUAGGUGAAAUACCACUCGAAAUCGGCAAUAUGACGCUACUGGGCGUUUUGAGCUUGCGGGAUAACAAAUUAACCAAAUUGCCCAAUGAACUAGGAAAUUGCAAGUCUCUACAUGUUUUAGAUGUUAGCGGGAACAGGUUAAAUUAUUUACCGUACACAUUAGUAAAUUUAGAAUUAAAAGCAGUAUGGUUAUCAGAGAAUCAGGCGCAACCGUUAUUAACCUUUCAAACGGACAGGGAUGAAACAACGGGAGAGAAUGUCCUUACUUGUUUCUUACUGCCACAGCUGAGUUAUACUCAACAGCCAGAGUUGGAUCAUACGUCAGAGGUCGGCAGUGGCACCUGGUUCAGGGAACACAGAUUUAAUUCACAGUCACAAGAGCUUGAUAGGAUAAGAGAGGCAAAUCUAUCGAGAGACAGAGACUCGGAUGAUGGCUGGGAAGAAAGAGAGGCAUCACGAACUAUAUCCGUCAAGUUCACAGAGGACGUUCCCGAGGCGAAAGAGACACCGUUUGUGCGUCAGAACACGCCUCACCCUAAGGACCUGAAGGCUAAGGCAGUGAAACUGUUCACGCGGACACCGGAGCAACACCAGCAGACACAGAAACAUAUCGAAAAACAGCAAAUUGAACAACAACCGGUGCAUAAAAUCCAUGACGCACCGACCACUAAUGGCAUAAUCCCGACACCCCCAGAGAUCCUGCACGUUCCUGAAGUUGUGGAACGUGUACAAACUCCGUCAAUAGCUGAAGUGACGAAGGAGGAAGAGAGCGACAAUCAAGUGGUUCCGGAUAAAGAUUCGUCGGAGGCAGAAAAUGAAGACGAAGAUUCCGAAGAAUUAGAGCGGGCGGACGGGCGCCGCGUGGCGUGGAUCGGGGUGCGCGACCGCGGCGGCCGGAGCACCGGCGGCGGCGGCCGGCUCCACCGCCGCGACACCCCGCAUCACCUCAAGAACAAACGCAUCAACCAGAUCGAUGCGACUCGCGCAAGAGAUCUGAUCGCGCAGGCGAUCAAAAAACGAGAGCAACACGAUCCGAAAACAGACGAUGAAGUUGCAGAAGACAUGCCCGAUGGCGAAUCGGUCUCGGAACGAGCGGACAGCGAGGUACGAAUAGUGAACGAUCAGCGAUGUAUCGAGGUGCGGAUAGCUCGCGCGGCGGGCGGGCUCGGCCUGAGCAUAGCGGGAGGCCGGGGCUCCACACCAUAUAUCGGUGAUGACGAUGGUAUCUUCAUCUCCCGAGUCACGCCGAGUGGGCCGGCAUAUUUGGCUGGACUGAGGGUGGGCGACAAAGUUUUGUCAGUCAACGGCACGUCAGUGGUCGAUGUUGACCACUACUAUGCCGUGGAAGUACUAAAAGCAAGUGGAGCGACCCUUACUCUUGUCGUGACCAGAGAUUCGCCGACAUCUACAAGAACGCACAGCCGCGCAGCGAGCGGGGCGAGCCAUCACUCGAUAUCGAGUACUACAGAUACCGUAUCAACGUUAGAGAAUGGACAGGUGCCAUCCGGGCGUGGCAUUCCUACCAAGCCGCUCAUCAUCAGCAACCAAUACGCUCAGGAGUUCGAGCCAGACUUCAAGGAGCAAGUUAACAACCAAUCUACGCCUAUACCCGUCGUCAGCCACACUCCUUCCCCCACGCAGGGCACAAACUACCAGCGGCUACAAGCCUCGCCGCCGCCUGCCACACAGCCGUAUAUACCACCGGUGUACCAACAAAAAGUGUUAGUCCACACGACGCUGAUCCGCGACGGGUCGGGUCUCGGGUUCAGCAUAGCGGGCGGGCUGGGCUCGCCGCCCUACCGCGACGACAGCGACGCCAUCUACGUGUCGCGCGUGUCGCCGCACGGCGCCGCCGCCAAGGAUGGCAAGAUGAUGGUCGGCGACAAAGUCGUCUCGAUUAACGGCGUUGACAUGGAGAAUGCUCAACACGAAACCGCAGUUUCAAUGCUCACAGGCCAUGAACGAUUUGUGAGACUUGUCCUGCAGCGGACAAUCACAUCCGACCAAGGCAAUUCGCUCCCGCGCAAGUCUACGACAGACGAAGUGAGAGAGCACAAGACAAGCCUGCCGAAUGUGAACGUCACUCCGACACCGAAACCCACCGCUAACCACGUUCCGCCCCUCGCGGGCAACCACACCGCACCGCGAGUGUCCACGCACGUUGCACCGCAACCACACACGCCGGCACAACCGCAACCACAGCCACAACCACAACCACAACCAAUACCAAAACCACAUCAAACACAAACCACAUUUGCACCAAUGACCGCGCCACCGCAGCCCGCUCCGCGGAAGUUGAGUCAAACGAACGGAACGGCGGGCACGAAACCGGCAACUAAUAGUACGAGCACGCCUCUAACUCCCGGCGCCAAUAAAUUGCACGGCUCUAACGACGACGUAUUCGACGACAUACAGCCGGCGCGGGCGAUGACGAGCGAGGAGUUCCAAGCGCUGAUCCCGGCGCACUUCCUGGGCGGGCCGCGCGCGCGCUCGCCCGUGGAACGCGGCGUGCGAGUCACCGUGGAGCGCGCGCCGCCGCCCGCGCUGCCGCCGCCGCCCGCCGCGCUCGGCCGCGUCACCGAGACCAUCACCAAGUCCACCUUCACCGAGACGACGGUCACGCGCAUUACGGACAACCAGCUCGUCGCGCCGCUCAUCAUUGAAGAUGUGAUAUUGGUGAAAGAGGGUGGAUCGCUUGGAUUUAGUAUAAUUGGGGGAACAGACCAUUCUUGUGUGCCAUUCGGUGGUAAAGAACCGGGAAUAUUUGUUUCACAUAUCGUCCCUGGCGGUGUAGCGGCGCGAUCAGGCAAGCUUCGUAUGGGCGAUCGUUUGCUCAAAGUGAACGGACACGAAUUGGUCGGAGCAACGCAUAGAGACGCAGUACAAUUCCUCUUGCAACCCGGGCCCACCCUCACGCUCACCGUGCGCCACGACCCGCUGCCGCCGGGCUUCCAGGAUCUCACAAUAAUAAAGCAAGAGGGCGAAAAGCUGGGGAUGCAUAUAAAGGGUGGUCUCAACGGUCAGCGCGGGAACCCGAACGACCCCAACGAUGAAGGAGUUUUUAUAUCCAAGAUCAAUAGCGGAGGUGCGGCGAGAAGGGACGGCAGGCUAAAGGUGGGAAUGCGUCUCCUAGAAGUGAACGGCGUUUCGCUAUUAGGCGCAACGCACAAUGAAGCGGUGAACGCCUUACGCUCGGCCACGAAUGCACCUUUACAUUUAAUCGUGUGUCACGGUUACUCAAGACCCGAAAAGUACACCACCGGCAGCGAGAGCGGGACAGCGGACACGGGCGGCUCUCUCUCACACUCCACCUCGAGUCUGGACCGAGACGACACGCUGCAUCAACACCAACAGGAGCAGCAUAUGCGACAGGACUUAGUGGAAUUUGAACAUGAAAAGCAAGUUGCUGAAAUGAGAGAAAAAACCACCCCGGAAAAGGUAUUGGACAUCGUGCACGCGGUAGAAUGUAUCGCUUUGGACCCCGCGCCGCCCACCUCGCCGGAGCCACAGCACAAGACCACCACCGUCGUCAUGUCCAAACACACCCUGCAACCUCAGUCGUCUAGUUCACAAGCGGCGCCACCGUCGCCACUAGCGGUGUUCACACAACAGAAAGUGAAGACGCCGUCGCCUCAGCCCGCCGCCGAGUCCCCGACCUCGGAGGGAACCCCCGUGGACCCGCCGCACCCCGCCCCGUCGCCUCAACCCGCCAAACAGAAACCUCAAGUGCCUCGCAAACCGCAAACGAAGCGAGUUAGUUUCACUUCGGAAUCCUACGAUGCAUACGAACCGACACGGUCGACGAACGACUCGACCACCCCCCGAACCAUACCGCAUGGAAUGCAUGACGAAAUCGCGGAGGAGUCUCCUAAUACUAACGAUGCAUGCCAGGGACAUAGCUCUUUACUAAUACGAAAUCGGCCCAAAAAUAUAGAGCUGACAGAAGUCAAAUCGAGUCUAGUACGCUCCGACGAAUUUAUCAUCCCUCCUCCGCCUCUGUUUGCGGCGAAAGUAAGUCAAAGUCACUUAAUUCAUGAAAAGGCACGAGAGGUAGAUGACCCCGUAAUCACUGUUGUUCCCGAGCGCGUAGUACUCCCGCUACCCAUCGUGGCUGAAACAACUGUGCAGUCCUCUAAUUCCACCAACUCUCCGGAAACAGAAUAUCCUCCGCCUGUCAAUUAUCAAGCUCACCCGAACGUAGAGUCUACGUUGAAAUUAGACUCUGAUCCUUUUCGAUCUGUUAUAUUUUCAGAAGUGCUUUUGUCGCAAGUCUUCCGAGAUGAACUUCCAUUUAAUAAUAAUAAUGAAUACAACGAAUUAUCAGCCAGCCCCAUAGGAGAACCCAAUCCGCCCGCAUUAUUGCAUGCUCACUACAAAACUCUCCCCACUGUUUCGCAUAUACCCAACUCGCCAUGCUAUUUACAUCCCGAUAGGAGUAAUUUCGAAGAUAUCCAUGUUUCUUUGCGAGAUUUAAGGAGCAGUAGCCUAGCAUCUAACAUGGUACAUUCUACGACAUAUCCGCCCAGUAACCCGUAUCCAUCUCUAACGACAGUCGCUGGAACAUUCAACCCAUAUACAUGCACUCUUCCGGUUCGUAUAUCAAACGACAUGUCUUACGCCACUUGUAUACCGCCAGUGUCACCUUCAUUAAUUAGUUCUGUAGGAAAAGAUAUAAAUGCCAACGUCACACAAUCUAUUCCAAUUAAAGCGGGAGAUGCGCCUAAAAAUGUUCAAUCAGAAAGAAGAGUGCGUUUUGGCGAAGUGAUGACUGCGCCUGAAUUCGAUAGUUUUUCAAACGAUUCGGCGUCAACGGGAGAAGGAAGCACUUCGCCCGCGCCCGCCUUGAAACCCGCAUGGAGCAGCAAUAUCAAAUCCUUCGCCAUCGGCGAGGCUUCCCCACCUCAAUCUGGUAAUUUUGUGAAAGCGUCUGUCAGCGAUAAGAAAAAGUUUUUCGAAAACGCAAUGGAAGAAAGUCAUAAAUCAUCGUCUAAGCCAGAAAAAGUGUUCACAUUCUUAUCAGCGGAUGAGGUGGAGAAAUUGAAGCAGGAAGAGGAAAGGAAAAUGGCCACUCUGUCGCGCGCUGAGCUCAGCUCGUGGUCCCCAGGGGAGGACCGCCAGAGUGAAUACAGCUCGCAUUCGGACGAUGAACCCUACGAGAAUGGCCAUAGUGUUUCUCUGGGUGGCGUUAGUCCAUCCGCAAAAUCGCAACGUCGCCGCUCUAACCGCGACGGAUCGGAGAGUGAGGACGCGAGCACGCGAGCCGCUCGCCGAGCGGCAUGGCGCGCCGCGCGACUCCGCUCACUCGAACAGGACGCGAUUGAAUCGCAAAAAGCAAUUAAAAGCAUGGUCGGUCCAGCGCAUGAGAUUGUAGAAGAGGUGCCGCCGAGAGAUAGAUCACCCUCCGAGAAAUGGCCCCUGCCACGUAUCGCGUUGCGUACAAAACCGGGCCAGAUACUGGCCGUGAAGGAGAAGGAAAAAUUGUUAGACGAGCGAAUAACACUACGCACGGAGGAAUAUGUGUGCCCGGCCACCGGCGAGACUAAAGUGCGAACCGUCGAGUACAUUGAGAAAGUUAUUGAGAAAGAGGUGGAGACGACGCAAGAGAAGAUAAUAUCACUGGAACUAACGACCAGUCCCAGCAGUGAGACGGCGCCCACGGAUUUGGAAGAAACGAGUCUCGACAUAGAAGUUGAUACCGGGGAGAACUCGCUCCAACCAGAUAUCGUGCAAGUCGUCAACCCUAUGCUCGACGGCGGCGCAGGUCGAGUUACCGCGAUCUCGGUAGGCCCCGCGCACAGGCUCACCCCCUACACCGAACACCAACAAUAAACAACUUCCGAUACAUCCCAAUAAGCAUUCUUUUAAUCGCAGUUAGGCAUUUUUAAUACCGUGAAUCGGUUGAUAGCAGUUGCCUAUUAUUUAAUUUUUUAUUUAGGGAGGCUUCUUAUGGUUUUUAUUAGAUUCGAAUUCCGCUAGCAAUAUUUUAAAAUAGCCCGGGAUUAUUUACUUUACACAUAAACGAUGUCUUCAUCGAUUUAGUGUGGACCCGAAAACAUUUUAUAACUUAACGUCAUGACGUUGUUAGCGAUCGGUUUUUGUAGUCUGGAUUAAAUAAACUUCAACUCGGAAUUUCUUCUUUUGCAUUUAAUGAGGCGACUUAAUUAGGCGAAAAAGGUUGGAAACUUGAAAACUACACCCAUGACAACGUAAUCGGCUAUCUAAUAAAAUAUUAUACAACCCGACUUACCUCGUUGAGGUUCCAACUCGAGCGUAGAUUUCUUCAGCGACACGAACAACAUUGAAUGAUUUUACAUCUUAAUUUGUAUUAUAACUGUGAUAAUAAGUUUAGAAUUCCACCGACUUUGCUCUUAUUAUUUGUAUGGAGACUCGUUGAGAAAAUCUAUCGUCGAGCAACAUCUUUUACUGUGGCAUUUUACUUUGAUCACAAUUUUUAUUUUUUUAUUAUAAUUUUGCAUCGGAGGUUUGUGAUAGAUUUAUCUAUUUUGAUAAUAUUAUUUCUUUAAAUACUUUACGUAUGUGUCUUUUUUAAUAUUUUCAUUCCGUGAAAGUUUUUACUGUUUGACUGAAAGUUGAUGCUGUAAGGUACCUGUUGAUAACAAAAUUUAGAGAAAUGAUUGGAUGAUAUAAAUAAGUUCUUAUGAAGGAAAUGACACGAGAUUAUUUAAAACAUAGUGUACAUAAUAUACCAUCAUUUUAAUGUAUACUGUUGAAUUAUAAAUGAACAUACAGUUGUUCAGUAAAACCAACGGCAAUUUUUGUACAGUUGGUAUCAUAGGACCGCCUUCUUGUGUAGUAAUCUAGUUUUGUAUUUCAUUUUAUUACUUAGUACAAAAUGUUAUUCGUGCAUUGUCUUAAUUCAUACAGUAUUUGUGUUAACUGGCGUAUUAAUAAUAAUUUAAUGUUUUAAUUUUAUGUAUGUGGUG